GACGGAUUCGUCACCUCGCUCUCCUUGCUGCCGCCCACCUUUGACUUCUUCCUCUCUCUUUCCUUUCGCCUGCCUCUUCUGUUUCAAACGAAGAGACUUCCGAGUCGCAGUGCCUUGUGAACCUUGCACGCCUUUCUCUGCGGCUUCUGGGGAAGAGUUGCCAUGGGAAGAACACCUUGCUGCGAUAAAGGCGUGAAGAAGGGCCCGUGGACUCAAGAAGAGGACCUUGUCCUAGCCUCCUACGUCAAGGAGCACGGCCCUGGUAAUUGGAGGGCUGUGCCUACCAACACCGGGUUGAUGAGGUGCAGCAAGAGCUGCAGGCUCCGGUGGACUAAUUACCUCAGGCCGGGCAUCAAGCGUGGCAACUUCACAGAUCAGGAGGAGAGGCUCAUCGUCCAUCUCCAAGCUCUUCUUGGCAACAGGUGGGCAGCCAUAGCUUCGUAUCUGCCGGAGAGGACGGACAACGACAUCAAGAACUACUGGAACACCCAUCUGAAGAAGAAGCUGAGGAGGAUUCAGGGAAGUGGAGACGGUGCGACGUCCAACGGAGGGCUCUCCAGAUGCCCACCCGUCUCCAAGGACCAGUGGGAGAGGAGGGUACAGGCCGACAUCCGCAUGGCGAAGCAAGCCCUCACCGAGGCCUUGUCCUUGCAGAAGCCGAGCUGCCUCGGCGACCGGAAGCCACAGAGUAGCGGCUUCUCGUUAACGGCACCGAUCACUACCACCUACGCGUCGAGCACCGAGAACAUCUCUCGGCUGCUACAAGGAUGGAUGAAGCAGUCGCCUGCCGCGGGAGCUGACAUGGUGGCCGGAGGCGACUCGACCUCCACAGAGGGUUCGGCUACCGUAGCAAGCAACAACGGUGUGUCACCGGUGGGACUGCCGGACUCAGCGUUCAAGAUCGAGACACCGACGCCGGAGGUAUCGGAGCCGAACCUAUUCUUAGGCGAGAACAGGGCGGCCAUGGAAGCUCCAGUCUUUAUCUCCUUGUUCGAGACAUGGCUCUUUGACGACAGUAUGCCACUGGAUGACACGGCUGAGUUGUUAUAGGAGGACCCUGAGAUGAAUUGAUCCAUCCCUUGAUGUUUGAGCGGAAAGAUAGCUCAACUCAAGGAGAUUAAGGCGUAAAUUCCGAAGAACAGCAUAAUGAUGUCUGCUUUGGGAACUCGUCUUCCUCUUCUUACUACUACUGUAAUGGAAGCUUUAGUUUGAAUGGUGUAACUGCAUAAAAAGAUGAAGAACACUGAUAGUAGAUCAUGUCA